UGAACAUCAAGCGGAGCAGACCAAAAUCCCAAACAAGGAAAUGGUGGGGGAAUAAAACGACCAGAUGAUUUAAUUAAUGCAUGUAAUAAUUAAUAUUUUAUUUUAUUGUAAAUGAAGACGUAUUUAUGGGUUAAAAUGGAUUACGACUUCAAAGCAAAGCUGGCGGCCGAGAGGGAGAGAGUAGAAGAUCUGUUCGAAUAUGAAGGUUGCAAAGUGGGUCGAGGCACGUACGGGCACGUUUAUAAAGCUAAGCGCAAGGACGGGAAAGAUGAAAAGGAGUAUGCACUGAAACAAAUAGAAGGCACUGGAAUAUCAAUGUCCGCCUGCAGGGAAAUUGCUCUCCUACGAGAACUGAAACACCCAAAUGUGAUCGCCCUGCAGAAAGUGUUUUUAUCCCACAGCGACAGAAAGGUUUGGCUCCUCUUUGACUAUGCCGAACAUGAUCUUUGGCACAUCAUCAAGUUCCACCGUGCCUCCAAGGCCAACAAGAAGCCCAUGCAGCUGCCCCGGGGGAUGGUGAAGUCUCUCCUGUAUCAGAUUCUGGAUGGGAUCCAUUACCUCCAUGCCAACUGGGUGCUCCACAGGGAUCUGAAACCAGCCAACAUCCUGGUGAUGGGGGAAGGUCUUGAACGAGGAAGAGUUAAGAUCGCUGAUAUGGGUUUCGCCAGACUAUUCAAUUCUCCGCUUAAGCCGCUGGCGGACCUCGAUCCAGUGGUGGUUACGUUCUGGUACAGGGCCCCUGAGCUUCUGCUGGGGGCCCGGCACUAUACAAAAGCAAUUGACAUUUGGGCAAUUGGCUGCAUCUUUGCGGAGCUGCUAACGUCGGAGCCCAUCUUUCACUGUCGCCAAGAAGACAUCAAGACUAGUAACCCCUUCCAUCAUGACCAGCUGGACAGGAUAUUCAGCGUCAUGGGUUUCCCUGCAGAUAAGGACUGGGAGGACAUUAGGAAGAUGCCAGAGUACCCCACUCUGCAAAAGGAUUUCAGGAGGACAACGUACGCAAACAGCAGCUUAAUCAAAUACAUGGAGAAGCAUAAAGUCAAACCAGACAGCAAAGUUUUCCUGUUGCUCCAGAAGCUCCUCACCAUGGACCCCACCAAAAGAAUAACGUCAGAGCAGGCACUGCAGGACCCGUACUUCCUGGAGGACCCAUUACCAACCACUGAUGUGUUUGCUGGGUGUCAGAUACCCUACCCUAAACGAGAGUUUCUCAAUGAAGAUGAGCCAGAGGAGAAAACUGAGAAGCUGGACUCUUGUUCACUUAUGUUAACCCUCUGCUGGUUCCUGUCUGCAGAACCAGACCCAGCAGCACCAGCAGACUACAGGCCAGAAUCAGACCCAGAACCAGCAGCAGACCACAGCCCAGCAGGCACCCUCCCAGCAGAGCUCUGCCCAAACAAACGGCACUGCCGGAGCCACAGGGGCCACUGCCGGUGGGGGAUUACAACAUGGCCAGGACCAGGGGCCGCCCAACAAGAAACCUCGGAUCGGGCCCUCUGGGGCCUCCUCAGGCACAGGGGUGCUACAGUCAGAGUACCAGCACUCCGGCUCCCGCCUUGGUUACCAAAGCAAUGUCCAAGGUUCCACACAGCCCCAGAGCACCAUGGGAUACUCUUCGUCAUCCCAGCAGAGCUCCCAGUACACCCACCAGACACACGGUUACUGAGGCUCCCGGACACUCCUGAACCAGCAGAGGAGUCUGCUCCUCCUCCUUCAGACAACCCUCAACAACCUCAGCAGACGUCAGGGGAUGCCCUCGGCUCCCCCUUCCUGGUCGGACCUCACUCUGUGCAUUACAUCAUUCCAAGUCAGCCAUUCUCCUUUUUGACCCUCCCUCAGCUCUGACCUCUUUAAUUGCCUUUGUCGGCACUGAUACAUGAAGGCAAACAAACAUAGGAACCAAAAAAUGGAGCAAGAAGUUCUGCCUCGUCAGACUGCUGAACCAUGUGUAGUAGAACUGAAAGCAAUGUAACAUAGAUGUGAAGGCAUCACACACAGACUCAGAACCAUGGCAUUUAUAAACUCAAUGCUCCUCACCAGGAAGUACCGCAGCUGUGUUCAAACGUAUAUGUACAUUAUAUGGCACCUUUUUUUAAUAUUUGAAUUGUUUUCUCGCUUUUUUGCUAGAGUUUUCAAGUUUGUCUUGUUAGUUGAUGUCAUUUUAAAUAUUGUUACAUAUGGAAGCUGUGCAGGUAUGAGAAUGCCUUUACUGUCAUCUUCAGUGUACUAUUACCUUGGAUAAUCAAAAGAAAGGUUUGAGCUAACACUGUCCUCUUUAGAAGGAGAAAAGAUACAGAUUCAAUGUUUCAUCACAGAGAAAAAUCAGCUCAUUUACUGAUGCUAUUGCAGGGAAAUAUUAAAUGCGCAAUUUAUCUUAAUAUUCUUAUUAUAGGGUUUCUGUAUUCAGACCUCUCUUUAUCUAGAUUUGGAUUUUUUUACUGCUCACAGUCCUGUAUAUUCACUCCACUUCAUGUAGGGAUCAGAAUCAUCAGACAGCCGGGCUUCUCUUUCUCUGACCGCCACAGUGUGUGUGUUCUGGAGGUUGGACACCUUUUGUUUGUGGUCAGCAUCUCCACAGUGUUUUCUUACUCAACAAUGUUAAUGUAAUUUUUUCUGUGACAUGCAUAUUAUUGUAGAACUGAAAUACUAUCAAGGUUUGUGAACACGAACGUGCACAUAAAUGUACAGGGCAGCUAACAGUACCCCCCCCCCCCCCCAUAUGCUUCUUGAGACUGUUACUGCCUGGUUUCAGAUUGUUUUUUAAGGUUUUAUUGGUAUCAUUGUUGCCCUGUGUGAGCGUGUGUGCAUGUGUGUGUGUGAUCUGAAUUUUUUUUAAUAUUGUUUAUCGUUUUACCUACUAGAACUGCACUGACCCCCCAAAAAAGAGCUGGAGAAUAUGUGGACUGAGUUUUGUCACCUCUUCCACCCUGACACUCUGGCAAAGCACUGAGCAGAUGUUUCUUAGAGACUCGGGCAAAUUCAAAAACAGUGGGUGCGUGUUUUUAAUACAUGCCAGAAGUCAUGUAACUGCACUGCUCCUACAGCAAGUAUGCUAUUCUAGUUUUAUAAACAUCUAUAUGAAUGUAAAUUGAAUUAAUCUUUUAGAGACCCUUUAAAAUAGUCAGUGGUGGAAUGUAACUAAGUACAUUUGCGUACUUACAGGAGAAAAUUAAGAUUUUGGGAAAAGUUAGACUAGAACAUUGAUGGCUCUCCUUGUCUGUAUCCUAAAUGUGACGCAGCUGCAGCCAGCUUAGUUUAGCAUAAUGACUGAUAACAGGGGGGGAAAGCUUGCCUGGCUUUGUCUCGAGGUGUCAAGAGCUGACAAGAUGUUGUUUUUAGUCUGUACAAUAACCUGUAAAAACAGGCCAGCAGCAGGGGAUUCCAGGAAGUCACUGCUUCCUGCCAAGAAAUAGUCUGGAACGUAAUUUGGACCAUGGCUAAUUUGGCAAAUAUCCCAAAAUAAAUUUGAGGAGUUUCUAUUACUUGAGUAGUUCCUUUUCAUGUUACUAUAUACUUCUACUCCACUACAUUUCGAGUUGCCUACUUUUAAUACCACUACAUUUAGAUAAGAACUUUGGCUGCUUGUCUACCAGCUAAUUAUCAUUUGUAAUACAGGAGCAUCAUUAUGUUAAAAUGCAAAUUUAAAGCUUCUUACCAAGUCAUUUUACUGUUUCAUUGAACCCUUUCCUCUUAUUUUUUCUGAAAAUGUUAAAACAAUCAUUGGUACUAUAAUAAUAUUCCAGCCUGUUUCAUAUGCAAAAUUUAUUUGUUUCAAGUAUUUUCUAAAAUCAAUUCUUUUUUCAGAAGUUCUAAAACGAGGAAAAGAGAAAUAAGAAGAUAAAGUUUUUAGGACUCAGCUACAGUCAGAGUUGUAUUUUUGGCAACUGUAGCUCCACCACAGCUACAGUCAAAUGCUACUGAGAUCAUGAUACACCAUAAGUAAUACUCCUGUAGUAAACGGGCCACUGUACAGUACUUUUACUUCUAAUACUCAAUUUUGCUGAAAAUAAAUAUUUACUCUUACUUUUACUCAAGUAAAGGAUUUUGAUAGGGAAGAUGUUUAUUUAGCUCAAGUCCACAAAAUGAGGUUUGACUCCUACUUCUCUUCCCUUCCACUCCCCGCAGCUUGCUCUAUCCUCGCUGAUCCGGCCGGAUCACGUGUCACAGUGCAGGUUGUAUUAAAGAACGCACCCAGUGACUCGACUGUAACUGUAAGCGCCUAUGCUCCAGUAAGACGCAGCAGGAGUUGGGGGAAGGGGAGGCUGUGUUUGUCAGAUGUGUGGCCAGCACUGGUAAACACUGACAUCUUGUGGCUGAAAAGAACUGGACCUUUGUCAUUAGUUUAACUCCGAUUGCCCAACUAGACAUGUUGAUGCAAGAGUCAAAGCAGAAAAUACAGGACAUGCUGUGUUACUAUCAAA